AGAGCAGCCUCACUGCCAACAUGAGGGUCCUUCUGUUUUUCGGAUUGGUGGCUGUUGCCCUGGCUGAUGUUACACGCUUCGAGGGAGAGAAAGUCUUCCGUCUGAAGCCCACUCUUGCUGAGCAUGUGACCCUUAUUAAGGACCUGGCCAGAAGCACCCAGGUCGACUUCUGGAAGCCCGAGAGUCCUGAGCUGGUGACCAUCGACAUCGAUGUGGACAUCCACGUGCCCGCCAUCUACCUCGACACCGUGCAUACCAUGCUGCUGAAGAGCAACAUGAAGCAUGAGGUCUUGAUUGAGGAUCUGCAGGAGGCUGUUGAUGCCCAGGCUGAUGGUGGACCCUCCCCUAGAGCCCAUAGCUACACCAAGUACAACACCUGGGAUACAGUCCUGUCCUGGAUCAACUCCAUCGCCUCCUCUAAUGCUGCUCUGAUCAGCAAGCAGGUGAUCGGAAACACCUAUGAGGGACGCCCCAUGACCGUUCUCAAGCUUGGUAAGCAGACCGGCUCCACCAAGCCCGCCAUCUUCAUGGACUGUGGUAUCCACGCCAGGGAAUGGAUCUCUCCUGCUUUCUGCCAGUGGUUUGUCAAGGAGGCUCUGUCCACCUACGGCAGUGACUCUCAGAUGACCAGCCUGCUGGACCAGAUGGAUGUCUUUGUUCUGCCCGUCUUCAACAUUGACGGCUACGACUUCACCCACAAGAGCAACAGGAUGUGGAGAAAGACUCGCUCCAGGAGAUCUGGAUCCAGCUGCAUUGGAGCUGAUCCCAACAGGAACUUCGAUGCUGGCUGGUGCUCUAUGGGAGCCUCCUCAAACCCCUGCAGUGACACCUUCUGCGGUUACUCUAUUGAGUCUGAGAUCGAGGUCAAGAACGUCGCCAACUUCAUCCGCAGGAAUAAGUCUGUCAUCAAGGCCUACAUCACCAUCCACUCCUACUCCCAGCUGCUGCUCUUCCCCUAUUCUUACACCUACGAUCUGGCUGCUGACCACAGCGAGCUGUUGGAGGUUGCUGAGGGAGCUUCCAGUGCUCUGCGUAGCCUGUAUGGCACUCGGUACACCAGUGGACCUGGCGCUACAACCAUCUAUCCCGCCGCCGGAGGCUCUGACGACUGGGCCUAUGACCUGGGAGUGAAGUAUUCUUACACCUUUGAGCUGCGUGAUACUGGUCGUUAUGGCUUCCUGCUGCCCGAGUCUCAGAUCAAGCCCACAUGCGAGGAGACCAUGCUGGCCGUCAAGUACAUCGCCGCCUACGUGCAGAAGAACCUCUAUUAAGGAGCCGAAACUGCCAGGACCCCUGCCAACUCAGCUCCUCUGUACCAGCCCCCAGCCCCUCCAAUCUCUCAGCCAUCUCCAGCCCGUAACCAUGGAUACCGGGCACCACCCGCCUUGUUUCCUCGCUGUGUUUGACAGAAUGUCAAGAUGAGUGCAAACAAUAAAAUCAAUGAUCCAUCCCCA